AUGGAAUACUCUGUUGACGAUGAGAUUGCUCAAUUUUUUGAGAAGACUUCAGCAACUCGCUCGGCCUGUGAUGAAUAUGCGAAGAAGCAGCUUGGGGGCGACAUCAUUCCAGUGGCUGUGCAAGGCGUGUGUAGCUACACCGUCUAUGCUGGACCCAAUGGCGAAUUCGUGGCUCAGUUUCGGCUCAAGUCCCUUGCGCUGAGGAUAGAGACUGUGGACCUCGCUCGAACUAUCUAUGGUCACUUUGCACCCCAGGUGGCCUUCUACGGGCAGAUUGGGAAAGAUGUAGAGGGCAAAGAGCCCCUCUACAUCUAUGUCAUGAGCCGAAUACAAGGCAUUAGUUACUUGGAUUUUCUCCUGGCGCAUAACGCUCAGGUACCCGAAAACUCGCCUGAGUUUUCUUCUUGGCGAAGUAAUCUCGUAACUGAUAUCGCGAGGUUCUUUGCUCUCUCGUGGAAGGCCCCGCAGGAUGUCGAUGAAACAUACCGCGACGGCCUUCGCCAUCAGUACGAGAAGGAAUUGCAGUUGUUACUUACUUCUCUCCCAGAACGUUUCCGCCCGUUCACCCAGGAGUGUCUCAACUCGCUCCCAGCCAUUCUUUCUCUCCCCAUGGUGCUACUCCACAGAGACUUUGGUGUCUGCAAUAUUAUGGUGGACGAAAUGUCUUGCAAACUAGUUGGGGUGAUUGAUUGGGCCGAAGCUGAGAUCGCGCCAUUUGGCCUGAACCUUCACUCUCACCAGCGACUGAUAAGCAAGGUCCACCUCAAGCAUGGUUGGAUCAGAUACGACGAUUACAUUAUUCUGGAGGAGAUCUUCUGGAGCACAUUCAGUGAGGAAGCUGGAGGAUUGAGCGAUGAGACAAUCAGAGUCAUCAAGUUAGCAAGGGUUAUGGGACUGCUGCUUUCGCGCGGCUUUUCAAGUCGCCUUGCGAAUAUGCCUGAGCCAGUGCCCAUUCGGGAUGAUGAGACUGGGGCAUACAACAUGCGCGAUCUGGACGGACUGUUGAUUAACCCGGCCACAAGGUUUACAGAUUUGGCGUAA